ACUAAUCUCUCGAGCGUACGGCGGCUGUUUCGCGAUAAGAAUUUUUUUUAUCACAGUUUUUUCUGAAAAGUUGAAGGUUUUUCAAUUUUUUAUUGGAAAUUUGAAUUCGAUUUAUCAUUGAUUAUCUACCUACCUAUCAAAAUUUUGAAUUUAAUACCCAUAGAAAUUGAAAUAAGUAUCAACGUAAAAUGAUGAAGAACAUUGCCAUGGUAUUUUUUCUCGUGAUGACGAUUUUUGGCCUACCCGGUGCAUUUGCUCCAGGUGGUGAAACCAGCGAAGAAGGGGAAACAGAAAAAAAAUCAUUUGAUGUGGAGAAAGGACAAACCGUUUUAAUGACAUUGCUAGACUAUAUUAAUGGCCUUGGAGCGUUAGCUGGAGACCCGAGUUACGAUUCGCUUGUAGAAGAAAUCAAUGGAUCCAAAGAUGAAAACAGCUUAAUAGAAGCUGGUAAAAAAAUAAUCUCCAAUGACAAUACUGAAGAAAAUCUUGUAAGCAAGGGAAAAGAGAAUGACAAUACCGCUGAAACAAUGAAACAAACAUUUAAAAAAUAUAUGGACGAUUUUUGGGAAUUAUUGGACGAGGCUGGCCUUGAUGGUGACAACGUACCUUUAUCAACUAAGUUGCGUAGGACAAUAAAUAAAAUUGAAAAUAACUACACGGAUGCUACAAGAUGGUACUGAUCUGAAGAUGGAUUUUGCAGAGAUGCACACAAAGCUGUGUAGAUUGAAUUAUUUUAUACUAAAUAGAUAAAUACAUAAUUAACCUAUAAGUAAGAAAAAACAAACUCUGAAUAUUAUUUUAAUCUAUACCACGUAGAAUUUUCCCCUGAGAUGAACCUGUUUUAUUAGCUUUUAUUAAGAAUUAUUACCUAUCUUUAUGCAUUCAUUCGUAAUUUCUUAUUGUGUACGUGGGUAAGUGGGUAGGUACUCUGUCUAUCUUUUUUACGAUAAAUUUUUAUGUUUACUUUAAAA